AUGUUCAAGUUUUGUCAGCCCCUACACCGUGCAAGGUAUUCGGGCUGGCAUAACAUCUAGCGCUGAAGGACGCCUUCUCGGAUGUUUUGUAACAAACAGAUUGUGACGAAAGACACGUGAGAUUCAAAGAUCCAGGUUUGAAGCUAGCACGAGCUCUUGGAAGAAUAUCCUGCUGUUGCCCUGAGGCCGACCUCGUAUAUUGCACCAAUGACGGCCUCCUGCCGUCAGCAUGUCUUCCCCAUGCAAGGGGAAGGUCAGGGACGGAGCAAUGCAGGUGUGGUUCAAGUGAAGCUUCUAUGGGCGGUCUCUAUGUGCUGCGCGCUUCUCUGCAUCCAGUAUUUCCCCCAAAGCAUCAGUGCAGAACCGGUUUUGGCAUCGAGUCUAGGUUUUUGUAAAACCGUCCCGGUGCUGCGUGGAGCUCCACUGCAUUGCUGCCUACCACCACCAGCGAGGAAACCCAUCAGGUUCAAAUACCCCACUUGCGAAAGCGGAGGUCCUCCCGUCAUCCGCGAGAGGAAACCGGCCCAUGUAGUCCAGAACGAUCCUGAAUACGUCAGGAAGUACAAUCUAGCUUACGCCAGAAUGAAAGCACUGCCAGACAGUGAUCCCAGAAGCUUUCUGAAUCAGUGGAGAGUCCACUGCUCUUUCUGCAACGAAGCUUUCAAGCAGCGCGAGAUACCAGGCCCUCUGGGCAAGGCCACCGGCGUUCUGCUUCAAGUUCAUUUCAGCUGGACCUUUCUUCCGUGGCACAGGAUGUAUCUCUACUACCACGAGAGGAUUCUGGCGGAUCUGAUCGGCGAUCCCACCUUCGCCCUCCCAUUCUGGAACUGGGACAAUCAGCUGGACCCUAUCGCAAGCAUGAUGCCCUUCAUGUUCCUUCCCAACUUCCCUGUCAACAAUUCGGCCUUGCUCGACGCGAACAGAAACGCCAACCAUAUGCCUCCGAAAAUCCUCUACUUGGGAUACAAUGGCAGGCUUGAAGCUGAGGGCAAACUCAACCUCACGGACGAGCAAAUCAGAUACGAGAACUUGUGCGUCAUGUACAACCAGGUGGCUACGAAAAUCAGCGCCCGAAGCUUUUUGGGGGGACCCUACGUCGCGGGGACCGACAACACGGCUGCCAGCGUCAAUGUGUCGGCCGGUGAGACUCCUGGUGAGUCCGGUGGAAUGGAGAUCGUACACAAUGUUGCGCACGAGUGGACCGGACUGAUCAACGAUCCAGCCCAUCCGGACAACGAGGACAUGGGCAACUUCAUCUACGCUGCUCGGGACCCCAUCUUCUACAGUCAUCACUCCAACGUCGACCGCCUGUGGGACGUGUGGAAAACCAUCCCUGACAAGGUCACCAUUGCAGGAAACAGGAAGAGAGUGGACUACACUUCCAGCGACUUCCUCGACUCCGAGUUCACCUUCUUCGACGAGAACCAGGAUAUGGUCAUCGUCAAGAUCAGAGACUCCCUUGACAAUUCAAAGCUCGGAAUCAAGUACACAGACGUCAGCGAGGCCGACAAUCUGUGGAUCAACUACGAGCCGCUGCCUGCGCACAAACCAUCGCAGCCGUGGAGUCCUAGAGACUGGCCUGCAGUGGUUCCCUCUGGUAACAACACCAUCGGUAAGGUUCCUGCAAGCUUCAGGCUGGAGCGCCGUGCUCCUACAAAGAAGGACCUGAAAGGAAAGGGCUUGAAGCACACGAACCAGCUGCAGGAGGACAUCGUCCUGGAGAGAGUGAGGAUACCACAUUCAGCGUACGCGAGAUUUGACGUCUUCAUCAACUUCCCAGACGCCAACAGGGAGACUCACCUGUACAUGUCAGAGUAUGUCGGUACCUUCACUCAUCUGCCCAGCGGCAUGGUGGACAUGAGCGCCUCAGUGUCACAGUCGUCCGUGACAGGGUCGAAUGGGAUGUACCGAUUAUUUAACAUCCGUUACAGCGUCGGUCAGGCCCUCAGAAGGCUGGGUAUUGGCGACUGGAAUACCGACGUCGUGGUCACCAUCGUUUCCAAGGGAGUGCGGAAAACCAACCCGACAAUGGACUUCUUUUUCUCGGACAUCAAGCAAGAAUUCCAGUGAUGGUUCUUGAAUGCUAUACGCCAUCUUAUUUUCUCGUCAUACACGGUCUUACUUUUUCUCAGGUGUAUUGGGAUUUGGCUAAGCUGAAUGCAUUUGUUCUUCGGGAAAAGGGACAAUUACAGUUUUAGAAUUAAUGGAUUAGAUUAUCUGCAUUCUUUGGCCCUCAUGAGGGGUCCACAGUUACUGUUGUUACUCAAGCAGUCAUUUGAAGUAAACACACCUCAUUUUUGUCAUUUUAAAGUUUU